GGACGUGGGGAGGGGGUCGCCACGUUCUCACAGGCCGCCUGGGUUACAUAAGCGAGCGGGGGGAGGAGGGGGCUUCGCGGGCGCCGGGGCUCGGGCCGUGCCCGCCCCGUCCCCGCCUCUGCCCGGGUGGGGUUGUGACCCUGCGGGACCGGCCGCCCACGCCGCGCGGGGGACACCGCCCCAGUCUUGCGCCCGCCCUCGCCAGUGGUAACCGCGGCCCACAGCGGCCGCCCGCAGACGCGCGGGGCUCUCGGCGAAGGCGGCGGCCGCGCUUCCACCGCCGGGCCCCAGGCAGCGGAGCAUCCUCUCGCCUAGGCUUCUUCCGUCCGGGCCUACGGCGCCGCAGCCCCGUGGCUAUGAGCCCCGAACCCGUCCCGCCGCCGCCGCCCCAGUGCCCCGGCUGCGACUGCGGGGAGCCGUUCGCCAAGCGCUUGGAGAAGGGCGACGAGGCCUUCCGCGCCGGCGAGUAUGAGAUGGCAGCGGAGCUCUUCCGCUCGAUGCUGGCCGGGCUGGCGCAGCCCGACCGCGGCCUGUGCCUGCGGCUGGGGGACGCGCUGGCCCGCGCGGGCCGGCUCCCCGAGGCCCUGGGCGCGUUUCGCGGCGCCGCGCGGCUCGGAGCGCUGCGGCCAGAGGAGCUGGGGGAGCUGGCGGGCGGCCUCGCGUGCGCCCUGGGCCGGCGCGAGUGGCGGCUGCCGGCUGGGAGGCCGGGCCGCGCCCCCGAGGAGCCGCGUGGGGAGCAGCCGGCCUCCGCGCGCGUCGCGCCCCGUGACCUGCUGGGCUGUCCGCGCUGCCAGCGGCUGCUCCACAAGCCGGUGACCCUGCCGUGCGGGCUGACGGUGUGCAAGCGCUGCGUGGAGUCGGGGCCGGCCCGGCUGCCGGCUCGGCGAGUCAACGUGGUGCUGAGCGGCCUGCUGGAGAAGUGCUUCCCGGCCGAGUGCCGUGUGCGCAAGCUGGCGGGCCAGGCACGGGGUCUGCAGCGCCAGCAGCAGCCCGAGGCCGCGCUGCUCAGGUGCGACCAGGCUCUGGAUCUGGCUCCUAGAGAUAAUUCGUUAUUGCUGCUGCGAGCAGAGUUACAUUUAACCAUGAAGAACUACGAGCAGGCUCUACAGGAUGCCAAUGCCGUUUGUCAGAAUGAACCUCUCUUGACUAAGGGGCAUCAUAUGAAGGCUCAGGCUCUUUCUGGAUUGGGAAGAAGUAAAGAAGUGUUAAAGGAGUUUCUCUACUGCCUUGCUUUAAAUCCUGAAUGUAACUCAGUGAAGAAAGAAGCACAGAAGGUAAUGUGCGAGGUGUUUUUUCCAGCUUCAGAAAAUGUGCCUCAGAAUUUGACAUCUUCCAUCCAAAGCAGAAUAUUGAACAGCAGGCUAAAGGCUCAGUGUGCCAGCCAUGUAAAUACCCAGCCUCUGGAAGAAGGUGGUAGUGCAGGGUGUUCUAAGAAUCCAUCUGAGAAAUCUGAUGUGUUUAGAAAUACCAAUUCUUCAGUUUUGUAUUUUACACUGGGUCUGCACUUUGAAGAGGAUAAAGAAGUGUUGGAGAGUAUCCUUCCAGUAGCACCCAGCACCAGUUUAAAGAGACAAUUUCCAAAUGAUUUGGAGGAUGUGCAUGACCUGAAUGGCCCUGGGAAAAUUCCCAAGAAAGAGGCAGAUUCCUCACCUCAAAGGAACAUGACCUCUAACAUAGGAGAAAGUCCAGAGCUCUCCAUAGAUGUAACUGACUUUGAGUGUGCCCUUUGCAUGAGGUUGCUCUUUGAGCCUGUCACUACACCAUGUGGACAUACGUUUUGCCUGAAAUGCCUUGAACGCUGCCUCGACCAUGCCCCACAUUGUCCACUGUGUAAAGAAAAACUCUCAGAAUUGUUGGCAAGCAGAAAUUUUAAUAUAACUAUUUUGGCCGAAGAAUUAAUAUUUCGAUAUUUAUCUGAUGAACUCUCUGAUAGGAAGAGAAUUUAUGAUGAAGAAAUGACAGAACUGUCAAAUCUGACCAGAGAUGUCCCCAUCUUUGUGUGUGCCAUGGCCUUCCCCACGGUCCCGUGUCCACUUCAUGUCUUUGAGCCCCGCUAUCGGCUUAUGAUAAGAAGAUGCAUGGAAACUGGCACCAAACGGUUUGGCAUGUGUCUGUCUGCUGAGCACGCAGGAAUUUCAGAGUACGGCUGCAUGCUGGAGAUUAAGGACGUCAGAACGUUUCCUGAUGGGAGUUCGGUUGUGGAUGCCAUUGGGAUUAGUCGGUUCAGAGUUCUGAGUCACCGUCACAGAGAUGGCUAUAACACAGCCGACAUUGAAUAUCUCGAAGAUGAAAAGGUGGAAGGUCCAGCAUAUGAGGAACUUACCAGUCUUCAUGAUUCAGUUUAUCAACAGUCGGUUUCCUGGUUUACUUCACUUCAGGAUCACAUGAAGGAACAAAUUUUAAGCCAUUUUGGGUUAAUGCCAGACAGAGAAUCUGAGCCUCAGAGUAACCCUAGUGGCCCCGCGUGGUCCUGGUGGAUCCUGGCGGUGUUGCCAUUGGAACGCAAGGCUCAGCUGGCUAUUCUUGGCAUGAUCUCCCUUAAAGAGCGUCUGCUUGCCAUUCGGCGAAUAUUAGUCAUCAUCACGCGUAAGAUGAAUAGUCGGCAGGAGCUGGUUAAUAGCAGGGAGAGAAAUAAUUAAUUUUCUCUCUCUGUCAAGGUUUCUGGAAGCCCUUGUACUUUUGUGAGGAGUGCUAGGCGUGGAGAGUAUCCUCCCAUAAAUCAUGCUUUGUAAAACGCUCGUUGAUAGGUUACAAAAUGGAACACUUAGCCAACACUGACCCCUAUUCAAAUGUUAGAAGUCUGUGCCUCGCGGAACCUGACUCUGUGCAAGAUUAGCCUGAAGUUUGAAUGGAGCCCCUGGUUGGAAAAGAACCUAAGAGAAUCUCUCUGAAGCAGAGGCUCUAGGGUGUAGUUCAGUGACAGCAGGGAACACCACAGAUAGUUGACGAGUGGUUUAGGUUUUGCAAGAAAGAAGGACCCUCUCCCCAGUGAAGUGUCUUCCUGCACCAGAUGGAAACAGCAUGCUUUGGUGGCUAGACAGAAAGGGGGAAACCACAUUUUUAUCUGGAAGCAGAUUCCUCAGAGCGCAGGCUAACUGAAGAUGUGCUUAGGCUUUGUGUGUCACUGUAAAGUUGUCUGUGAAGUUGAGGAAUCAAAUUGUGGUCCAGCGCAGGUCACCCAAGAAGCUGUAGCUGCCGGAUAGCACUGUGUUUUGUGUCCUGCGGUAGUUCAGAUAUUGUACAUUGCACGUUGUAAUCAAAUGAACGUCAGAAUACACAAAGUGUACCCUGGAUAGAGAAAAAUCUGAGGCCAGUAUAGGUGACUUGAGGACAUAUAUUCCUACACACUCCAGAAAGAGUGAGCAACAGUUAGCUAAAACCCUACAUGCAUUGGGAUGUCAACAUACAACCAAACUAGUGCAAAAAACUCCUUGAAAACGUAACCCUGUCUCAUUAUUUGGUGGGUAUCAAGCAUUUAGGAAAUUGUCCUCUUGCUACUAGGAUUUGCAUUGGAAAUUAGGCCCAUCCGUAAUUUGAGUUCACCAUCCAUCCACUCAUAUAUGAAGACAUGCUAUGGAAUGGGCAUCUAUCUAUUCCAGGAAAACAUACCAGGACAAUAUGCAAGAAGGAGGAGGUGGGGAUGGGAUGUAAGUAGUCGGCAAGUUUUUCCUCCAUGUUCAACCUAAAACUUUUCUUUGUGUCUUUUGAAAAGAGGUUUUAGAAGUGAUCAGACCUGGUGUUAUCUAUUAAAGAACAAUACAUGACAACUUCAGCCUCGGAUGCAUGUUGGUAGUAUUAAUUGGAAUAACCAUUUGAACCUGAGAUACUGAAUUGUUCUCACUGGUCUAACCAGCUGGUGCAUUGAGUUGGCUUCUUGGUCUAUGCUGUAGAUAGAAUGGAAAGAUGAUGAGAACAAGGCCAGGGAAUAAAUCACAGCUGUAAGUUUUGCUUUAUUCAUUCAAGGUGUACGACAUUUGAGUUUUAACAAAUAUAUUUCAUAAUGUCAAAAGUUGGUUGUUUAUCAAUCCAUCAAGCAUUUUAUUAGAAAGACUUUAUAAUUGUGUUUCAUUUUAAUUGUAGAAGUUUUCAAUAGCUAAAGCUCAGUUUCAUUAUGGGAGUGAGAAAAUACUAUUCUUAUGUAACUUAGUCAUAAAGUGAAAAUGUGAAAGUAUUUCCAAUCAGAUGUUUCUAGUGCCUCACUUCCUGCAAAUCUCAAAUCUCAUCUUGAACAUGGUUUAAAGGCAGUUUUGCCAAAUGAUUUCUAAAAUAUUUUAUUGAUUCAUGUGUUAAUGAUAGUAUCUAACCUUCUUAGGCAUUGUAUCUUAAUCUGAUCAUCUAAAAGAAAACAAAACUCUGUCUAGUAUGCCAGAGGACCUUUCUCGGGAAUGGUUCAUGGAAAUGGGUAUGCACUGACCAUUCUCUUUCUUUCUCUUUUGGAGAAUUUUUCCUACCUUAAAACCAUAUCAUUGCUGUUUCCGUCUGAGAGUAUGUAAAAUAACCACAGUGUGAUCACAAUUUCCCCAGGAGCCUUCCUGAAGUUAAGUCCCUGUGCUCAGAGUACCAGGGCUUGUCCUGUACAUCAGAUGUUGUUGCUUUCUCAGCCUUACUCCUGAAAUGUCAUUACUGGAACGGAUCUCUGACCAGAACCACUAACUUAUCUUUUCCUGAUUCUGUCUGCCUUCUUCUGAGUUUUCAGCUCGUUCCAAGUGUUCUUGUGUAAAAGCCUGUUUGGCAGUAGUGAUGUAGAUAGAACAGCAAAAGUUUCUGUUGUCUUUAUCUUUUGACACCCAAGGGAAUGGACUGUGACCACUUCAGGCUCUGUCCAGCAUCUCACCUCUGCCUAGAGCAGAGCAGGAUCAGAUGGGCACUUCCUGAGCACUUAGAUGAUAUUCUUUUUUUUUUUUUCUUUUAAGAUUUUAUUUGUUUAUUAGAGAAAAAGAGAGCACACGCUUGAGAGAGCACAAGCAGGGUGUGGGGCAGGGAGGGAGAGGGAGAAGCAGACUCCCCACUUAGCAGAGAGCCCGACAUGGGACUUGAUCCCAGGACCCCAGGAUCAUCACCUGAACUGAAGGCAGAUGCUUCACUGACUGAGCCACCCAGGAGCCCCUUAGAUGUCAUUCUUUAUCAGGAAGUUGGACCAGGGAAAUAAUAUCUCAAGUCAUAUUAUGAAGGAAGCUUACUUUUACAAACUUAAGGAAACCUAAACUCCAGUUUGCUACAAAUUUAGCUAAUGCAGUGGAACAGCUCCACCCCCGCAUACCUCUUUUCUAUCAUGGAGAUGUCAUUUCUAAUAUUUCUCAGAAAAUAAGGUCUCAUUCAGAAUCAGAACAAUCAAGUUUAAUUUUACUGAAAAUGUUCCAACACUAAUGGUCUAGUUACAUCAGAAUAAAAACAGAAUCUACUUAGGGUAAUAAUAACAGUGUGGGGGGUAGUAAUUUUUCUUCUUUAAGUAUAGUACUUGAAGUACAUUCUGUACACUCUGUUAGGCGUUUUUCCAUUUCACUCUCCUAAGUGGCUUGACUCAUAAUUCCAUCCCUGCCUACAUCUCUGAAAUACAACUGAUAUCCUGAUGGGCAGUGUUCUGAAAGCUCAUGAGAUUUUUAGGAUAUCACAUUCCCUAUGUGUCCUCAUCUUCAAAAUUGAAAGUUAGAAUACUUUUUAAAGUUCCAAUUUUUUUUUUUAAGAUUUUAUUUAUUUAUUUGACAGAGAAAGACACAGCGAGAGAGGGAACACAAACGGGGAGUGGGAGAGGGAGAAACAGACUCCCUGCCGAGCAGGGAGCCCGAUGCGGGACUCGAUCCUGGGACUCCAGGAUCAUGACCUGAGCCGAAGGCAGUCGCUUAACCAACUGAGCCACCCAGGCGCCCUAAAGUUCCAAAUUUUAAAAAAAUGUAAGAUUUUAAGAUUUUUCCAUGCAACCACAUAAGUGGUUCAUAACCAAUUCAUGUGCCAACUUUUGGAGUGUUAUCCCAUCUUUAUAACCACAAAGAUGUCCUUUCUUCUCUUAAGCAUCACCCCCCACCAUCUCCCAAACCAAAAAGCACCAAAACUGUUUAGUAAGUUGUAUCUCAACUAUUAACAUAUAUCAAGUCUUACUACAGGACUUUUGAAUCAUCAAAGAACAAAAUUAUAGAUGGUAGAAUUACCAUGAACUAUGAUAGUAUCAUUUUGUCGUAAAAUUAUUUGAAAAUUGGUAGUUGUUAUAAUCACAAAAAUACUCCAUUGCCUGGACUAGCUGUAUUACAUAGAAGUCAUUAUGAUUUUUAAAUUGCUUUUAAAAAGUACUCAUCUGUUUCUUCUUCCUUUCCCCUUUUAUGUUAAAUUAUUUUGAUAGGUACCACUCUUUAAAAUUUAGAUGCUAUCUAUCAAAUAAUGUGACAGAUACGAAAAAGAAAGAUGGAGCAUUAGGAGGGAAAAUAAAUGUGGGUGAGUUUUGUUUGUUUAAGGCAUAAGGUUUUAUUUUUCCUAAAUACCCCCAUGGAAUAGGGUAGAAAGGUCCCCAUCUCCCAUUCUCAACAUGGAUAGCAGUGGCAGCUUGCAGAAAGAAGCUCUUUCUCUGUAGCUCUGCUCCUAUGAGAAGACCCUGUUCUGAUUCUGUGACUCAUGGAAACUAAAAAGCCAGGGAGGCUAGAUCUGAAUGAGUAGGGUGAGCUGUGCCAGCCAUAUGGAAAAAAUUGAACACUGAUUGUUGCCCAGUAUCACCUCGUCCCAAAUGGGGCUAAUGCUUCAUUCUGAGCCAUUGCUUUCUGAAUCAUAGGAGGUAUUUCCACCUUUGCAACUCCUCCCCUUAACUUCAGCCUCUGAACGGCUAAAAAAAAAUUACCUAGUCUGCUGAAUCCUGUCAGGUAGCUUUUAGUAGUGGAUCUGCUUUUAGGUGAAUAUUAGCAUAUUGAGUAUUAGAAUAUUGCAGUAGCAUAAACUAUUGAAGAAAUUCAUUUGCCACCACUGCAGAUAGACUAGUUGGGGACAUAGCUCUGAUUUGUGCCCAAGACUUAAUUUCUAAGUGGCUGGGUGACAAUGCAGAGAGGUCCAUGCCACUGAAAGAAAAAUUUAUUGUUACUCAUAUUUCCACUAGAAAUGAGAGGCAUGCAGUCAGGGCCGCAUGGGGAAGCACCAGAGCCAGAAGGCAGAAGCAGGAGUGUGGGGGAGAGCCUUUAUUGUGUUUCUGUGGGAAACACCAGGCAGGGCAGGGGAAACAGCUUGGGAUUGUCUAGUUUGGGUGGUGGUGGGUUUUGGGCUAUAUGGGUGGGAUCUUCUUGUCUGGUAUUGAGCCCUGGGUGAGUAAGGCCGAGGACUCUUUUUCUUGUGGACUGUUAAGAGCCAGACAAAGGAGGUGGCUCAGAGUGUGGGCUCUGGAUUGGUUGGUUCUCAUAUGAAAGUUAUGCUUCCUCAUGGGCCCUUUGCAGCCUCUGACUGACCAGCCUAGGGCGGGCAGUCUCACCAACCAGUGAGACCCCCAAGAUGUCAAAAUAUCAUAAAGUCUUUUUUAACACAUGAUUAAUAUGAUUGUCCUCUGAUGUUUUGACAUCACAUUAAGGAAACUUUGGAGUGAUAAUAAUGGAGACAUUAAAGAGUAAGGCAUACGUUACCUUGAACAGCACCAAAAGUUUUUUUUUUACUAUGUUAUGUUAGUCACCAUACAGCACUUCAUUAAUUUUUGAUGUAGUGUUCCAUGAUUCAUUGUUUGCGUAUAACACCCAGUGCUUGUUGCAACAGGUGCCCUCCUUAAUACCCAUCACUGGUCUAACCCAUCCCCCCACCCCCUCUGAAACCCUCAGAUUGUUUCUUGGAGUCCAUAGUCUCUCAUGGUUCGUCUCCCCCUCCGAUUUCCCCGCCUUCAGUUUUCCCUUCCUUCCCCUAAUGUCCUCCAAAGUGUUAUAUUAUAAGAGUAGAAAGGAGCAGCACAGGCAGAGGUGUAAGGAGUCCCUGAGGCCGGCCCAUAACUACGGUUCCCAUUUAUGUGUAUUAGCCAAGAUCAUAGAUCUGGAGUCUUGGGGGUGGGUGGUCUUCAACAAUGUCUUAGCAGAGUUGUAAAGUGUAUGAAAAGUAUGAGUGUGAUAAUAUCUUGAUCUCUUUCUCGAGUCAAGAUGGCAGGUCCAGCAGUUAUGCUAUUGGAGCGUAUGAUAAUUUAAUAAAUACAUUAACGAUUAAGCAGUAAGUGUAUGUAACCAAGGGAAAGGAGUGUUAUGACUAGAGACAUGGGGUAGGAGGUUCUGGUGGAAAGCUGGAAAGGGCAGUAGGAGAAGGAGAGUGAGUGAGUGGUGCUCUCCCAGAGACUUGGGUUGACUGAGAGAAGGCAGGUGCUUCCUGGGGAAAGUAAUAAUCACCAUUCAUUUUUGGAAUACUUUACAGAUAGUAACCUCCAUCAGAUUUCACUUCAGGCAUGGGAGUGUAGGGGUAUGUGUUUUGGCAGAGAGCAAGGAAUAUACCAGGGUAAUGUGCUAAACAGGCAGCAAGCUCAGAAACAUAAUAGAAUCCCUAAUAUUUAAGGAAGAGAAGUAAAAACGUCCUGUGUCCAAUUCGUGACUUAACAAAGGCAGUCUAUGGGCAUAAAUUCUAGUGUCCAAAAUAGAGUUGUCUCCAGUCGCAAGCUCGUGGUCUGGGAGAUGUCAUCUGAGCAAUGAGCUUCUGGGCCAGAGUGAUGUUGUCUAGGGAGUGGGACAUGAGGUAUUCAUUUUAAGUGGGUACCCACUCAGGUUGAUGUGGGUCUCAAUGUUUGCUAUGUUUGCUUGAAACAGUGAUUUACUUGAAGUGUUUGCAAACCAGUGAAAGCAACCAGACCAGCAGUAAUAAGACCAACAGUCAGUAGAACAGUGGGCAGCUACACCUGGCAGAGAUUUUGUUUUUGAUUUUUGGUUUAGGUUCACUUGGGUCCCUUAUCAGUUGAGCAGCUGCCUGGCCUGUGGGAAUGUCUGUGAUUAAUGGGUCCCAAGAAAGUAUGUGCCCUCAAUCUGGCCUUUAGCCCUUGUGGGAUGGGGGCAAAAUAGAAAAAUGUAUAAAGACGGGGAAACCUUGUUAAAGGGACUAACAUAUAAUGAGUUUUUAAUAUACAUGAAAGCACAUAUCCCCCUUUAUUUUUUUAAUUUAAAUUUUAGGUAGUUAACAUGCAGUGCAGUAUUGGUUUCUGGAGUAGAAUCCAGUGAUUUAUCACUUAUGUACAAUACCCAGUGCUCAUCACAAGUGCCCUCCUUAGUACCCAUCACCCAUCUAGCCUAUCCCCUACCUACCUCCCUCCAUCAACCCUCAGUUUGUUCUUUGUUGUUAAGAGUUUCUUAUGGCUUGUUUCCCUCUCUCCUCUUUUCUUUUCCCCCUUCCCAUAUAUUCAUCUGUUUUCUUUCUUAAAUUCCACAUAUGAGUGAAAUCAUAUGGUAUUUGUUUUGCUCUGAGUGACUUAUUUCACUUAACAUAAUUCACUCUAGCUCCAUCCAUGUCAUUGCAAAUGACAAGAUUUCAUUCUUUUUGAUGGCUGAAUAAUAUUCCAGUGUGUGUGUGUGUGUGUGUGUGUAUCCCACUUCUUUUUCAUCCAUUCAUCAGUCGAUGGACAUUUGGGCUCUCUCCAUAGUUUGGCUAUUGUAGAUAAUGCUGCUAUAAACAUUGUGGUGCAUGUACCCCUUUGAAUCUGUAUUUUUGUAUCCUUUGGGUAAAUCCUGGUAGUGCAAUUGCUGGAUUGUAAGGUAGCUCUAUUUUUAACAUUUUGAGGAACCUCCAUACUGUUCUCCAGAGUGGCUGCACCAGUUUGCAUUCCCACCAACAGUGCAAGAGGGUUCCCUUUCUCUGCAUCCUCACCAACACUUAUUGUUUCUUGUGUUGUUAAUUUUAGCCAUCCUGGCAGGUUGAGAUGGUAUCUCAUUGUGGUUUUUGAUUUGUAUUUCUCUGAGAUGAGUGAUCUUGAGCAUCUUUUCAUGUGUCUGUUAGCCAUCUGAACACAUACCCCCUUUAAAUAGAGGAAAGUGCAAUUAGAAAAAUUUUUUCCAGCUUUAUUAAAAAUGGAUAAAUAUAAUUACAUACAUUCUGAGUGUACAGCAUGAUUUGAUACACAUGUACAUUGAGAUAAUUAAUACGUCUGUCACUUCACAUAGUGUGUGUGAUGAGAAUGUUUAAGAUGUACUCUCAGCUGCUUUCAAGAACACAAUACUAUAUAAUUAACUCUAGUCCCUGUGCUAUACAUUAAAUCCUCGGAACUUUUAUAAUUGAAAGUUUGAACCCUUUGACCUACAUCCUCCCAUUUCCCCUUCUCCCCAGCCCCUAGCAAUCACCAUUCUAUUCCUUAUUUCUAUCAAAUCAGCUUUUUUCUUUUUUUUAAGGUUCCGUAUAUAGUGAUACCAUACAGUAUUUGUCUUUCUGUGUCUGGCUUAUUUCACUUAGCAUAAUUCAUCCCUGUUGUCACAAAUGACACGAUUUCCUUCUUUUUAAGGCAGAAUAAUACUCCUGCGUGUGUGUGUGUAUGUGUGUGUAUCAGAUUUUCUUUAUCCAAUCACCCACUGAAACACAUUUAGGUUGUUUCCAUAUCUUGGCUAUUGUGAAUAAGUUGCAGUGAACAUGGGAGUGCAGAUAUUUGUUCAAAAUACAAAUUUCAUUCCUUAUGUGAGUUCAUUUCAUUUCCUAUAUGGUUUACAAAUAUUUUUCUCCAUUCUAUAGGCUGUCUUUUCAAUUUAUUAAUUAUUUUCUUUGCUGUACAGAAGCACUUUAGUUUGAUGUGGUCCUACUUGUUUAUUUUAGCUUUCCUUGCCUGUGCUUUGGACAUCUUAUCCAAAAAGAAAUCAUUGCUAAUACCAAUGUCAAAGAGUUUCUUCUCUUCAUUUUCUUCUAGACGUUUUAUGUUUUCAGGUCUUACAUUUAAGUCUUUAAUUUAUUUUGAGUUAAUUUUCAUAGGUAUAAGAUAGCUGUCCAGUUUCAUUCUUUUGUUGGAUAUUCAGUUUUCCCAACACCAUUUAUUGAAGAGGCUAUCUUUUUCCCAUUGUGUUUGUUUUCUUGGAACCCUUGUCAAGUUUACUUGACCAUAUCUACAUGGGUUUAUUUUGGUGCUGUCUGUUCUGUUCUACUGGUCUAUGUGACUUUUUAUGCCUGUAUGACACUAUUUUAAUUACUGUAACUUUGUAGUAUACUUUGAAAUCAGAAAUAUGAUACUGUCAACUUUAUUCAUCUUUCUCAAGAUUGCUUUGGCUAUUGGGGUCUUUUUUGCUUCCAUAUGAAUUUGGGGGAUUUUUUUUCUAUUUCUGUGAAAAAUACCAUUGGAAUUUUGAUAGGGACCACACUGAAUCUGUAGAUCACUUUGGGUAGUAUGCACACUGUAACAAUAUCAAUUCUUCCAAUCUAAGAACAUAAGAUACCUUUCCAUUUAUUUGUGUCUUCAAUUUCUUUCAUCAGUGUCUCACAUUUUUCAAUGUACAGGUCUUGUAUCUCCUGGGAUAAACUUAUUUCUAUGUAUUUUAUAGUUUUUUUGAUGUAAAUGGGAUUGUUUUCUUAAUUUCUCUUUCUGAUAGUUUUUUGUUAGUGUAUAGAAAUGCAAUUGGUUUUGUAUCCUGGGACCUUACUGAAUUCAUUGAUUAGUUCUAACAGUUUUUUGGUAGGAACUUUGGGGUUUUCUAUUUAUAAGAGAUAAUUUUAGUUUUUCCUGUCCAGUUUGAAUGCCUUUUAUUUCUUUUUCUUGCUCAGUUGAUGUGGCUAGGAUUUCCAGUACUGUCUGUAAUAAAAGUGGUGAAUGUGGGCAUCCUUCUUUUGCUCAUGAUCUUAGAGGAAAGGCUUUUAACUUUUCACUGUUAAGUGUGAUGUAAGCUGUGGGCUUGUCAUACAUAGCCUUUAUGAUGUUGAGAAACAUUCAUUUUACACCUAAUUUGUUGAAUUUUUAUCAUGAAAAGAUGUUAAAUUUUGUCACAUACUUUUUCUGCAUUACUGAAAAGAUCAUAUACAUUUGAUCCUUCAUUCUGUGGGUAUCACAUUGGUUGAUUUGCAUAUGUUGAACCUUCCUUGCAUCCCAGGGGUAAAUCCCUCUUGAUCCUGAUGAAAAUCAUGUAAAUCAUGGGUAAAUCUUUUCCAUGUGCUUCUGAAUUUGGUUUACUAGUAUUUAAUUGAGGAUUUUGUGAAUCUAUCUUCAUCAGAUUUAUUGGUCUGUAAUUUUCUUUUCUUAUAGUGUCCUUACCUGGUUUUGUAUCAGAGUAAUAAUGGCCUUGUAAAGUAAGUUUGGAAAUGUCCUCUCUUCUUCCAUUUUUUGAGAUGGUUUGAGAAGGAUUGGUAUUAUUUAAAUGAUUGAUAGAAUUUGUAAGUGAAGCCAUCUGGUUCUAGUCUUUUUCUUUUAAGAAUUUUUGAUUAUUCAUUUAGUGUCCUUGCUUGUUAUUGACAUGCUCAGCUUUUCUAUUACUUCAUGAUUCAGUAUUGGUAAGUUGUGUAUUUCUUUGAAUUUAUCCAUUUCUUCUAAGUCCUCUCAUUUGUUGGCAUAAAUACUCAUAGUAGUCUCAUAAGAUCCUUUGUAUUUCUGUGGUAUCAUUUGUGAUGUCUCCUCUUUUGUUUAUUGUGUAUUUGAAUCAUCUCACUUUUUUCUUAGACUGGCUAAUGGGUUGUCAAUUUUAUCUUUAAAAAAAAACAACUCUUCAUUGAUCUUUUCCAUUGUCUUUCUCAUGAUUUGCACACUAUCAUUGCAGCAUUAGAGUAUUUUGAAUUUGACUAUAUAUUUAUCUUUACCAGUAAAUUUUAUAUUUUACAUGUUUUCAAUUACUAAUUAGCAUCCUUUAAUUUUAGUUUGAAGAAUUCCUUUAGCAUUUCUUGUAAAGCAGGUCUAAGGAUGAUGAAUUCCCUCAGUUUUUGUGUAUUUGGGAAAGUCUUUAUUUCUCCUUCCUUUCUGCAGGACAGCUUUGCUGGGCAAAGCAUUCUUGGUUGGCAGUUUUUUUCUUAGUGCACUCUGAAUAUAUCAUCCCAUUUUCUCCUGGUCUGCAAGGUUUCUACAGAGAAAUCUGCUGAUAGUCUUAUGGGGUUUCCCUGUAUGUGAUGAGUCUUUUUUCUUUUUGGCUGUUUUCAAAAUUCUCUUUGUCUUUGAUUUGUUUAUUGAUUUAUUGAUUUAUUUAGGGAGGGAGGGAGAGCAAGAGAUGUGGGGGAGAGGGAGAGAGAAUAUUUUUUUUAAGAUUUAUUUAUUUUAAAGAGAGAGAGAGUGCUCACACAGAAGUCGGCAAAGGGAGAGAAUCUCAAGCAGACUCCCCACUGAAUGUGGAGCCCUAAGUGGGGCUUGAUCACAGGACCCAUGAGAUCAUAACCUGAGCCAAAAUCAUGAAUCAUAUACUUAACCAACUGAGCCACCCAGGCACCCUGGGAGAGAGAAUCUCAAGGAAACUCCUUGUUGAGCAUGGAGUCUGAUGUGGGGCUCAAUCUCACAACCCUGAGAUCAUGACCUGAGCCAAAAUCAAUACUCAGAUGCUUAACUGACUGAAAUACCCAGGCGUCCCAUCUUUGUCUUUGAGUUUUAAGAGUUUCCUUAUAAUGUGUCUCAGUGAAGAUCUCUCCAAGUUGAAUCUGUUUGAGGACCUUUGAGCUUCAUAUGCCUGGAUGAUUCCUAUCUCUCUCCCAGUUUGGGAAGUUUUCUUCCAUUAUUUCUUUAAAUGAUUUUCUGUCUCUUUGUCUCUUCUUCUGUGACGUUCAUAAUAUGAAUAUUUUUUUAAAGAUUUUAUUUAUUUGAAAGAGAGUGAGUGAGAGAGAGAGUAUAAACUGGGCGGGGGGGGGGGAGGAGGAGCAGAGGGAGAGGGAGAAACAGACUCUCUGCUGAGCAGGGAGCCCGAUGUGGGGCUUGAUCCUAGGACCCCGGGAUCAUGACCCGAGCCAAAGGCAGAUGCUCAACUGACUGAGCCACUCAGGUGCCCCAGUAUGAACAUUUUUUGCUUGCUGGUGUCCCAUAAUGCACAUAGGUUUCCUCCACUCUUUUUUUUUUUUUUGUCCUCUGAUUGGAUAAUAUCAAUUCUCUGUCUUUAGGUUCAGAGAUUCUUUCUUCAACUAGUUGAGCUUGCUAUUGAAGCUCUCUGUUGCAUUUCUCAUUUAAUUUAUUGUAUCUGUCACCUCUAGAAUUUUUAUGUGGUUCUUUUUUAUGAUUUCUAAUUUUUUGUUGAAGGUUUUAUAUUAUUCAUGCAUUAGUUUCCUGAGUUCAUUGAUUUGUGUUUUCUUGAUUUUCACUGAGCUUCCUUAAAAUAAUUAUUUUGAAUUCUUUUUCAGGUAACUCACAGAGUUCCAAUUCUUUGGGGUCAGUUGCCUGAAAGUUAUUGUGUUCUUUUUGUCAGGUCAUGUAUCCUUGCUUUUUUUCCUGUGUUUCUAGUGGGUUUAUAUUGAUGUCUGAGCAUUUAAGGGAGAAUUUACCUCCUCCAACCUUUUCAGACUAGCUUUGAUGGGGAAAGCUUUUUACCUGAACAUGCGCUGUGAGGGCACUAGCUGAGUAGGGUGCAUUUCUUGUUCUGGGGAGAGUACAGUGGCAUGGUCUCUAUGCAGGUCUGUUAGAUGAGGUUGGUGUCAGUAAAGGCUGUGGGGAUCUUUGGUGGAGGGCUCGCCGGUGGCAGUGGUGGCUAGGGCUACUGCAGUCCUUGGUGGUAAAGGUUGCUGAGGUUCUCCUGUUCUCCUUUGUUGCCCAUGGAAGGAAGUUCUAGUUGAGAGCAUCCCUCCUGGCACCCAGUCAGUACACUGAUCCUCAGUGGAGCUGUGGCCCAAGGCUGGGUUGCAUGCAGAACCAUCAUUGUGCACAGAUGCACUUGCUGCAGCUGGGACACCCACGUCUGAGGUACUGGCAUUUACAGAUCUCCCAUGGAACCAGGGCCUGGGUCUGGGGCUUGUGCAUGACUUGAGCCCCAGGAGCAUGGUAUGCAGACCCUAGGAUGACUGAGUACAGCAGUGGCCUGGGCCCAGGGGGGCGGAGGACAGCAUCAGCACAUCCUGGGGAGAGUGUGUCAAAGUUCCAGCUCUGACCCCAGGGGGCGGGGGGCAGGGGGCAGAGUAACAGCAGCUUGGCCCCAGUUAUGCUGGAUCAAAGCUCCAAACUCAGGAACCAGAGAGGGAACACAGAACUGUUGUGGCGUGGCCUGGGGAUGGGUUUAAUUUUUCAAUUAAACUCGUUGUCUGGGACCUACCAGAGACACGAAAGUUCUGUUGAACACCUUUUCCAAAAGCCUAGCAUUGCAUAUUCUGAGAAGUGACAUGUGUGUCUUGGUUACUAUUCAUAAUGCCUGUAACCUCCACGGGAGUAAGGAGUGUCCUGGCAAGGGCUUAUGUUGUGGGCCUAAUAUAUGUGUGAGUUUGAUUUGUGUUUUAGAGAUCUGUGAGGGACAAGAUUCCCAGAGAUUUUUAUCCUGACAGGGACAACCCUUAGGCAGUGGCAACAGUUGUGAUAUGUAUGCCGAUGGGGCUGUUUGCUGAGCAGAGAACAUUCAGUGCUAAGAGGACUGCCUUAAAGUUUGGCCAAAUGUGCCUACCCUUGGGCUCCCAUCCUUUAUUAGAGGGACAUCCUGGCUAGGAGAUAGAAAGUUGCAAUGUUCCUCUGAGCUCUCCAUCAUUUCUAGGAAGGUGGGCAAUGCCAAUCAUAUAGUCUAUGAACUUUCACUGUUGUUCACUCAGUUAAUCCCAAGGGCUCCUCAGGUAGCCAAGGGUCUGGAGAGGGUGACCUCCUCUAGCACAGUAGUAUCUGGCAAGGGACUGAGGACAGGGGAGACCACCCCCUCCUGUAGGUGGACUGUGUCAGAGAGCCCGAGUUUGGCUCCAUCCUAUAUCCAGGGAGGCCUCAGUACCCAUGCGGACCUUGUGGGGUGCUGCUUUCUUGACCCGGGGGCAUCUGGAUACAGAGAUACAGCCCAGUGUCUGGGAGAGCCUCUGUUUUCAGGAGAGUCUGGUACGUGGCCAGUCAUUUGUUGUUUUAAUGGUACACAGCAUGAGGCUGAGAGGGUCAGUUUCUUGCAUCUAAAGCCUUUGGGCCACUUAUAGCCACAUCAGUGACCUGAGAGGAGAUUGCCCAGAUCUUUUGAGUGAAAGAGUCUCUGAGGGCAGUGCCUAUUGAUGUUAAUUUGGUCAGAUUUCAGAGGUUUUUUUGAGGGAGCCCACGUAAGUGGGCUGAUUUGUAAGUAGCAGCAUCAGUGAGAUUAAGGACGACUUGUAAAUGAGUACCAUGUGGUCAUCAGAACCCAAAAAGUACUGAAAGAUGUUGGACUUGUGUGUCCUUGGUGAGUGUGUCAGAUGAGUCUCCUUGGAGCAAGGAUGGCAUCAUUGUGAUGUCGUGCCUGUGCUCCCAGAGAGGAUGGGUGCAGCAAAGAUCUUGUCUGCGAAGUUGCUGAGGUACCCCACAGGGAGCCUGGAGAAGGUAGGUGUGUCCCUUUGAGGUGAAGGCGAAGUGUGCCUGAGAGACUGUUGCAGUAGGCACUGAGCAGAGUGUACUAGCCGAACCUCUAAGAGCAAAAUAUUUACCAGUUACUGAUUGAAUAGAAUUAGUAAUUUUAAGACUAUUGGAUAUUGGGUAUUGGGGCCCUAAUGCAUGGGACCACAGCAGCAAGAUGGCAGAAAUCUACCAUGAAGGACCUUUAUGUUCCCUGGGUUUAAGAACAGGCAAAUUUGGGCUGCAAAAAUGGCGAAGCAACUGGGAUAAUCACCCCUUUGUGAAUUAGGUUUUAUAGAAUAAAUUUUAAUUCUUGAAGGACCUUAUUUACUUACUUUGGGCCAGGUAAACUAUUUUAACGGUGUUGGGUGGGGGAAUCAUGGAGUCUCACUUUUAUCAAUCUAAUUUGUAAGUGACAAAGACUUAUGUUAAUUAUAAUUUAUUCAUUACGUUAGAGUGUCUGUACAUGGGGUAUUUUAGGGGAGUUGGUAGUCUCCCUACAGGAAAUUGAGACAAAACUACAGUUACAGUGAGGCAUACCUACAUUUUUUCCUGUUUUCUAUUUGGUUACUUUUUUUCAGAUUAGAAGAGCUACAGUGUCUAAACUUAGCAGAAUCCCCAGGUAUAAAAAACUAUAAUCCACCCUCCCCCCACCCCGUAUUGAUUAAGUCUAGGAUGUUUUGUCACUGGCUCAUUUUAGCAAAAUGUUCAAGUUAAUUUAGAACCUACAUCUAAGGUUGUAGAGGCACAAAAACCAAUGAACACUUUUUUAAUCUCUUGGUUAUAUAAAUCUUUUAGUAUGUAAGUCUUACAUAUUUGCUCCAUAUGUAAUUAUUCUACAUAAUUUGUUAUAUGAAGUUUCGUGGUAUCAUUUGUUGUUGCAUCCAGGAGAGCAGUGGCAGCAGCAUCCUGAGUGUGUGACCACAUAGUUUUAAGGAGGCUUGUCUUGUGUUGAUAGGCGUCAGCACUCACGAGGGCCCAGACACACUGGCCAGGAGACUUGUCAUCUUGGAUGAGUUGAGAACAUUCCUCAGGUCCUAGGAGGAGCAGGGAGAGAUGACUUCUCCACCUUGUCCUUUCCUUCUCUUUUUAUUGAGAUGGAAUUUACUUUGAACAAAGAGCUACUGGUCUCCAUGGAAGGAGUUUCUUAUAUCGCAUUGGGUCUGGGGACACAUUGCAAUGGCAGAAAGGCAAGUGACAACAAAGAGAUCUGCCCUCGAAGUAACUUUUUCUCAUUUUUAGAAAGACAGAGAAUGUGAGUGGGGGCAGGAGCAGGGCAGAGGGAGAGGGAGAAUCUUAAGCAGGCUCCACGCCUAGUGGCCCGAUGGAGGGUUCGAUCUCACAACCCUGAGAUCAUGACCUGAGCCGAAACCAAGAGUCAGAUGCUUAACCAACUGAACCACCCAGGUGCCCCUUGAAGCAACUUUUUAAGCCUUUUGGGGGCCGUGGUUUCCAUGAGGAGGGCGCUCAGCAUCAUGUCAACAAUGGAUCCCUAUAGUGUACUAGGGGCUAACGCUUGGACUUCUGCCAGAGAUACUUUCUAAAAGAGAGAUCGUCUGGAUGAAGUUGGAAUCUGUGUGAUGGGACCAGUUGCUCACAGAAUGAGGAGGGAGGUAACUCAGGCGAGCAGCCCCAACGGACUUUGGCAUUGCUGGCUUAGUCAAUCGGCUUACAUCCCAACACCAUCCGUUGGAGGAAGUCACUCCUCGCUCCUGGUUGGUAAAAGCCUCUGCCUUGUGUGUCGGCCAGUUAGCCUAGUCCCUGAGGGGUCAUCAGUCCAGAUGACCCCUCAGCGUGGGGAAUCAUGUGGGAGCCCUGGGUCCAGUUAUUUACCCCACAAGGUGCCAAGUCGGGAACAUGGGUUACCAUCAGCCUAGGCUACAGCCCUAAGAGUAAAUGAGGACUGUAGACAUGCACGCCUUUGAGGUCCUCCUACAAGUUAGGCUGGAACGCCUUGUCAGCAUAAGGUAGCUGCCUGAGUACGGGUGUGCCCACGGCUGGCGGUGGGGGCUACUUAGUGAGUCAGGAGCAGUGAAGAGGCAUGCUCCUUUGUCAAAACCAGUCACCCUUCUUGCUGCACCAGUUGUGAUAAAAUCUACUCACAGGAUUUUAAUUUCUGGAGGUGACUGAGUGACAUGGAAAAGCUAAUGCCAUACCACAAAAGGUCACAGGGAGACGCACCAGAGCCACUCAGGAGGCAGAAGCAGGCGCACUGGGAAAGUUUGGGGGAGAGCCCUUAGUGUUUUUGCAGCAAAGGCCAGGCAGGGCAAGGGAACAUCUUAGGAUUGGCUAGUUUGGGUAAUGUCAGGGGGCUCUUGGCUAUAGUGCGGUGCUGACCAUGGGUGAUUAGGGCAGAGGAAUACUGCCUCCUGGAGUGUAAGAACCAGAUAGAGGAAGCAGCUGAGAGUGGGGGCUCUGGAUUGGUUGGUUUUCAUAUGAAAGGUGUGCUCCGUGGGGGUCCUUUGUUGUCUUUAAGAACUAGCCAGACCAGACCAGCAGUCUCUCCACAGUCAGGGAGGCCCCAAGUUGCUAAAAUGUCACAAAAGAUUUAAAAAACAUGAUUAAAGAAGCUCAUUCUAGCAUUUUUGGCUACAGCCUCUGUAAGAGAGGUGUACUCUCCAACGAGUAGGUAUUUCUGUGCAGGAGUGGGGCCUGGGCCAGGGGCCUCCGUGUGUGCGGAGCUCAGCAGGGAGGCUCCUUGGCAUAAGGCAGCCCCCAGAUAAAGAGUGCGAACCGGGGUAACGUGGAAUCCCCUGAGGGAGUCUAAGUCAUGAGGCUGAGUCGGCAUAUGUGGCCCUUAAGGACAAAAAUGGCAUUUGCAACAUGGAUUAUCUCUACCUUUUACUUUUGGGGAUUAUUUGAAAUAUUUCACUGGGGCCUUUGUCCUUUUACUUGAAUAGUUUGGUCAAGUUUUGUAUGCUAACGUUUGAUCAGUGACUGGCUUAUCUCACCUCUCAUACUACUCACCUCCUAUCUCCCCAACCCAUACUUCACUGAACUCUGGGAAAAAAAUUGUUACUAGGUAGGUUGGAAAGCUCUAUUUGUAUAUUUGUUCUUUGCUAGUAGAGGGUGGUGUCAUUAGCAUCCUUUAUAGCUGUGAAAUGAUUUUACCAGUUAAAAAUUUGUUGUGUAUUUUUUUCUUCUUAAUUGGAAGAGCAGGUUUGAACCAAUAAGUCGUUGUAGAUAAACUUAAAAAUUAUGCUUUUAUCUGUUUAGAGAUAGACAAUGUGUUAUCACAUUCAUGUAAUGUAGAUUAUUCUUCUGGCCUUUUAUUUUCUAAGCUCAAGUCGGGGUUAAAGAUGUAGUAACAGUAUUUGGCAUUUUGUUGCUUAAGUGAGGCCAGUCUUAAAUGUUACAAAAUUUACUUCAUGUAUUCUUGUACUGUUGAUUUUCAUUCAUUGAAACUCUAUAUCUAAGAUGUGAUAUUUGGCGUAAAUAAAACUUACAGUGUUGUAAA